CCGCUCGGCAGAGUGACUGCGUGUGAGAGAGGUUGAGAAAAGUGCUGUGGUGACAGAGGAAGCCAGAGCAAAAGUGUGAGAGAGAGAUAAACACACAUGAGAAAGCCAUAAUGCAGGAAGGAUCUACUCGUUUGUAGCAAACCUACAGACCUUAAAAGCAUACUGGAACUUUGUAUGGAAGAAGGAGUGGAGGUGGAGGUCUUUUCUGGAGGUCAUGGCAAACAACUCAUCCAUAAAUGAAACGUGUAAGAAUAUCACCCAGACAAAUGCCUCCAACAUUGGCGAACUGCAGAUGGUGCUGUUGGGCACACUCAUGUCCAUUCUUGUUCUGGCCAUCGUCUUCGGCAAUGUGUUGGUGAUUACAGCCAUUGGACGCUUCCAGCGACUUCAGACCGUCACAAACUGCUUCAUUACUUCACUUGCGUGCGCAGACCUGAUCAUGGGUUUGGUGGUGGUACCUUUUGGUGCCAUUAACAUCAUCCUUGGCACUUGGCACUUCGGCAGAUUCUGGUGCAACUUCUGGACGGCGACCGAUGUUCUGUGUGUCACAGCCAGUAUUGAGACGCUUUGUGUCAUCGCUCUGGAUCGUUACCUCGCCAUAACAUCUCCCUUCCGCUACCAGUCCUUACUGACCAAGGGCAGAGCUCGCAUCACUGUGCUGCUGGUGUGGGUCAUUGCUGGGCUCAUUUCUUAUUUACCCAUUCAUGUGGGUUGGUGGAUUUCCAAUAGUGCUAAUGCAACACACUGCUUGGAAAAUGUUAACUGCUGUGAAUUCCACACCAAUGCCUAUUAUGCCAUCAUCUCAUCCAUAGUCUCCUUCUACAUCCCUUUAAUCAUCAUGAUUUUCGUCUACAGCCGUGUCUUCCAGGAGGCAAGGAAGCAGCUGAAGAAGAUAGACAAAAGUGAGGGACGAUUUCAUGCUCAGAAAAACAGCAAAAUGCAAGACGCGACAAGUAGCCACUCAGAGACAAGGACCUCCAAGAAGCAAAAGUUCUGCCUGAAGGAACAUAAAGCUUUGAAGACUUUGGGCAUCAUUAUGGGUAUAUUCACGCUGUGUUGGCUCCCAUUCUUUGUACUAAAUGUGGUCUCAGCCAUAUAUGAAGAAAUCAAAAAAGAAAACUUGGACACAAUUGCAUAUAAAAUCUUAAACUGGAUAGGAUACGCUAACUCAGCCUUUAACCCACUGAUCUACUGUAGAAGUCCAGAGUUUAGGUACGCUUUCAAGGAGGUCUUAUGCCUCAACAAGUCACGCUUCCCUAACGUUAGGCCAGUCAAUGGAUAUAUAUAUAGUGGGCACAGCUGGCAAAGUGAUCACCGAGGUCGAAGCAAAGGCAGCUCAGAGGACAGUGACCCAGCAGUGGACAACUCAGAGAAAGAGGGACGCGUGUCAGCGGAUAAAACGGACUCCAAUGGGAACUGCAGUAAAAAUCUAAUGAGUGUGUUGUAAAUCAUCUUGCGGGUCCUGGCUCGUUUCACUGUGACCUCUCAAUGUGUCACAUAAGGACAGGUUAAGCCUCCUCUGGUAAGUGGCUAAUGGUGGGUGUGUGUUGGAAAAAGGGACAUUUUCAAACAUUUGUUUUCCUCAUCUACCUCAUUGCUUUCUCUCUGUCGGUUCAUUUCACCAUUCAAACAGGUUUGCACACUCAAAAGGUAGUGUAGUAGAAGCUAAAAAUGUUCUUCAGUUCAGUUUUAAAAGAACAGAAAUGCUCACAGAGAUUGUACUUCUUUGACUGCAAAGGAAAAGACACUUUGAAGUGGUUGUUCAGUAAAGGGACUUCCCUCCUGAGUCAUGUUUCUGUCAUCUUGCAUAAACUAAGGAACUGAUUUGCAGUUUUAAAGAACGGUUUGCUUUCAUUGGAUUAAAACAGGUAUUGCACUGUGAAGCAUUUUACUGUAACUUUUUAAAAAUGGGAUGGGUAAAUAUUAAAUCUUUCAGUCUAACAAGCAUUAUUUCACAUAAAGUAUCAGGUUCACUCCUGAACAGAAAAAAAUUGCAUUACAUAAAAAUUCUUACACCUGCUACAGGCCUGUUUAAACUAGUCUAGAGUACAUCAAAAAUAUCUGGGUUAAUAAUGACCCAGUAGGUAACUCAGCACAGAAACAACACCUCUUACCACAAUGAAAGAGGAAGAGAAACUGCAUGGUCAAACCAGCUUGUUUAAGGAAACUGCUGAAUUACACAGUUCAGUCUUUUAGUCAUGUGAUUGCUUAAGCUGAGUAUCCUUAGAUGGAAGUCAACAAAAAUAAACCAUUGUAUGCUAAUGCACAAUAUCACAUGUUCACAGCAUAAACAAAGUCUCUCUCUUGCAUAAAACUUGUACGAUAACAGAACGUCUCUGGUGGCCUGUUUUGAUCUGCGUUAUGUCAUUACAGGUCCCUCAGUCCAUGAAUGCUGCCAAAUCCAAAUUGUUCAUCCAAGGAAUGUGCUUAACAUUUUCCAGUACAAAUGAGCAAAGUUCAACAAGCUUCUGUGUAAAUCUUUGAGAUUCACUGUUUAUCAAAGUCAUUAUGUGACUCCCUCUCAAAAAAAAAAAAAAAAAAAAAAAAAACAUUAUCUAGAAAGAUAAAUAAAUUAGAAGGCAUCGAGUUUCCCGUCAAGGCUCAGCUAAUGCAUGCAGUGCAAAGCACACAGCAAUUUCACUGUUCCUCACUUACUCAUAUUUCUAACCUAGGCGUUUAAUCUAAUGUUUCGUGCAUAUCACAAACUGUGUAAGUGGUAAACUGCUUCAAUACUUGUCAGUGUUUGUGAACUAUUAAUUUAGGGCAAGUGUCACUCUCUCUUACUGUGCAGCCUGUUUAUGCUGUUGAAAACUGUGAACUUUGCUCUUUAGAAAACCUAUUCAUAUCAGUCGUGGUUUUUUUGUGAUCAAUUUUAUGUGCAAAGCAAAACUCAUGUUUGCUUUUCAUGGAUAAAAUGUAGUGAUAAAACAAUACGUCAGUUUCACUGAAGCAUUACAUAAAAGUGCAGUUUAAAACCAGCUUCUCAAAAGGGUGCACUGUAAAUCUAUCCAACACUUUACAUAAAUCCAACAUUGUCAAAGUAUAUUUAAAUGUAAAAAAAAACAACAACAACAAUUAUACAGUGCAUUUUAUAUUAAUGCUGUGUCACUGUAAACACCGCACUACCAAGCAACAGCAUGCAUGUCCUUUUCAGUAAGUGAAAGUAAAUGUGACAGCUUGGACAGAUUUGUUAACACUGCACCCUUCUGGGAAGGUUUUUCUCUGCAUGUAGAGCACAGCAACCUGCCGUGUGAAACUCUGACCUGUACCACCUUGUGCUAAAUGAAAUAUUUGUGCAGUCUUUGCUUUGAUUGUGGUAAUGUGAUUAACUGUUGUGUUAGGACUAUAUAUGAAUACUGCCUUCUCUGUGGACACGCUUAACCUGUUGAGAAAAGUGUUUACAUUCAUCAGUAUCUUUCACUUAGACAUGGGUCACAAAUUAUUGGCAUGCAAAUUGCCAUGAAUUGCACUUUCAUCUUAGUAAUUAAGCAAUGCUCUGGAGUUAAUGUCACGCUAUAGACAUCAUAUUGAUGUCACCUUCAGCAUCUAAUGUGCACUAAUGCUGCUUCCCAAUUCGCCUAUUUAUACUAUGCCCUAAAAGUAUGUACUCCUUUUGUGAAGAAAAAGUACAUAUUUCUGAGUAUGUAGCAAGCUUUGAGACAUACUACUUCGUCAUAGCUGCGUCUUUAACGGACGUUCCGUUUCUUAGUUACAUGCAUCGUGUAACUGUUUAAACUACCCUGUUACUCCUCUUGUGACCGUUAACAUCAUCCACAUUUCGUUUUAUUUCAUUUCCUACUGUACUGGAGAGGAAUGAAGAGCCGCGGUUCUUUCAUGCCGAGAACUCUGUUCAUGUGUUAAUGCAUAAUGAUGCAUUUAAAAGUUAAUGACCGAACGUAUCAUUAUAAAAGUUCACAACGUUGCUGCAGAUUAAAUAUAACGCGGAUAACAUUAAAUAAAUGUUUUUAAUCAAUCUGCACUUCGAAUUUUAACCGGAAAUAGUAGACCAUCCGGGAAUCUUUGGCAUAAUUUUUUAAACAAUCUAUGCCCUGGUGAAAAAAAACAGCAUAUGCUGGUAGCUAUGUUUUGAUGCUGGUUUAAGCUGGUCCUUAGUUGGUUUAUGCUGGUCUUUUGCUGGUUUAUGCUGGUGAAGGACCAGCAUAAACCAGCAAAGGACCAGCUUAAACCAGCACCAAAACCUACCUAACUAGCAUCCCAACAUCAAAACCUACCUACCAGCAUAGCUGUUUUUUUCACCAGGGUGAUUUGGGACAUACUAAUUCUAUUUUUGGAUACUAUUAGGACAGAUAGUAUGCGAAUUGGAAUGCAGCAUAAGUCAUUUUUUCAAAUGUAAGUUUAAUAAAUACAUUGAAAUUUCUCUUCAAGGUGGCCACCAUUUUGAAACAACAUGAUCAGCCAAAUACUAAUUUUUUUUAAAUCUUGGUAACCCCCUAUUAAUGGAGACUUUUAGUCGAAGACUAAAUUAAUCACGAAUACCACAUAUGGCUGUAAAAAGGGAUUUUAUGCAUAUUUAUGCUUUUGCAUAAAGCUGCAUUAAUGCAAAUAGGUGGCCAGUGAAAUAUAAACAAAAAUGACUUAGUGCACAUUAUAGUCCAUCAUCUGUGUCUGUACAGCUGAAAAGGGAACAAGACAUUUUAAAGGCACCUUUGGUCUUAAAAUGUUUGAAACAGCCAUUUUGGAAUGCGUACUUUGCCUGGAAAGAGGAUUAAUUGUCACAUUUGUAAGUACAGACACAGUUUGGACAGCCUCUUACUGAUGCAUGAAGAUGUGAUUAAAAAUGCCCUGAAUAUUGCCUUAAUGAUAUAAGAGCAGAUUUCAAAUUCGUAAUGCAAAUGAACUCUCGAUAGGCAAAAGUUCAAAGAAAGCUUCCCACAAAGCAACCCUUUCAGAAACGCUUUAAUUCCUGGCAUGUGUACUGUAUAUAAUGUUGUUCCAGUUUGAUGUUUACUUACUGUACAUUUCUUUGAGCUACUUUCGCACAAGAUUUAUCACUGUUUUGUUGAACUACAGUGAAGUACGUUCAACUAUAUUUGUCUAUAUUAGUGGUAUUUAUGAAAUACAAGUGUCAUGCCAUUUGUAUUCUGUAAUAAAUGAUGUAUUUAAUGUA